CUGACGAGAACCUGACGUGAAGUUCCCGCGCGCGCGAAGUUGACCAUGACUUCGUGCGUGGCGCGCUCACUCCUCAAUCUACCCAACAUCGCACGAGUGCUAUAGCAUCUGCCGGGACUGCGCGACGACGGCUUCAGCCAUGAGCGACAACGUGAUGCGAGCCAACGAUAAUGUCCGGCGGCGCGCUGCGCAGAAGCAAUAACAGCGGUGGCCGCAAGCGCUAGCAGCAGUAUGACCACACGCCACAGUACACAACGCGCAUCAAGAGUAUCAUCCGCGUACUGCUCUACAUGUACAUGCACUUUAGGUACGUGCCCGAGUUCCUGAGCCCACUGCUCAUCAGCGACGACCAGCCGAUCAUGAAGACCGAGGCGCGCAAGCGCAUUCUCGAGCGCGCAGCUCAUGUGAACAUGGCCAACAUCACGCAGCACAUGGUGCAGAAGAUAGAGCUGCACGCGGCCAAGUUCGUCAACGCCACAACUCGCAGCGAGGACAUGGUGUACGGCGAGCAGAAGCCCAUCGGUGCUUACUUUGAUGCUGUGCAUGUGUACUGUGGCAUGUGUAGCUUUUGGUCAGUGCCAACUUUGAUUGGGGAUUAGACGACUUCGCUUGCACUAAGGAGAGUGGUACCCCUUAAUUCGGGUACCUCGUUCCCACCCAAAAUAAAAGCUGACAACUUUGGAUGCGGAUUAGAC